UUGUCUGUAAACGCUUGCCUCGUUACAGUAACCUCGCUUAUAUCUAAAACAAAGCGCUUGAACGAUUCUCUUCCGGUAUAUCUUUUAGACAAAAAUAUAAACAUGUGGGCUGAGCAAUACGUGGAGGAUUUUCAGUAUGCAUCCACACAUUCGUAUGAAGGAGGAUAUGGUUUUGAGAAAACAGGUGACCCUCGCCAGGAUAUGGAGUUUGAGCGUCAGUACCAGACCCAGUCUACAUUCAUCAUCCCUGAUGUGAUCAAGAACUUCCUCACAUACUUUCGCAAGUGUAUCAAGGAACAGAAUGUCUUUGGAAUCCAGGAUGCCUAUGAAAAUGGAUUCAGCAAGCUAACUGAGCGGUUCUUCAAGACCAACCCCUGGCCCGAUGCCGAAGCUGUCGCUCCAAUCGUUCAGAAUGACAUCGUGUUCCUGAACCUUUACAAAGAGCUCUACUACAGGCACAUCUACGCCAGAGUUGCUUCCGGGCCAACACUGGAACAGCAGUUUGAAUCCUACUACAACUACUGUAACCUUUUCAACUACAUCCUCAAUGCUGAUGAGCCAGUUGGCUUACAGUUGCCUAACCAGUGGCUCUGGGACAUCAUUGACGAGUUCAUCUACCAGUUCCAGUCAUUCAGCAUCUACAGGUGCAAGAUCCAAAAGAAAUCGCCUGAGGAGAUUGAUGUCCUCAAAAACAACCCAAAGAUCUGGAAUGUGCACAGCGUGUUGAACGUCCUUCACUCCCUGGUGGAGAAAUCCAGCAUCAACAGGCAGCUUGAGGUCUACGCAAGUGGAGGUGACCCUGAUAGUGUGGCUGGGGAGUUUGGCCAGCAGUCCCUGUACAAGAUGUUGGGCUACUUCUCUCUCAUCGGCCUGCUCAGGCUCCACUCCCUGCUUGGCGACUACUACCAGGCUCUCAAGGUCCUCGAGAACAUCGACUUCAACAAGAAGAACAUGUACUCACGUGUGCCAGCCUGCCAAGUCACCACCUUCUACUAUGUGGGGUUUGCGUACAUGAUGAUGCGUCGAUACCAGGACGCUAUACGGACUUUCUCCAAUAUACUCCUGUAUAUACAGCGCACAAAACAGAUGUUCCAGACACGUGUGCAGAUGUAUGAUCAGAUCACGAAGAUGAACGACAAGAUGUACACACUGCUGGCCAUCUGCCUUGUCCUCCACCCAAUCAGGAUUGAUGAGAGUGUACACUCCCAGCUCAGGGAAAAGUUCGCUGACAAGAUGCUCCGUAUGUCCAAAGGAGACAUGCAGGAGUUUGAGCAGAGUUUCUCGUUCGCCUGCCCGAAGUUCCUGUCCCCUGUACCGCCCAACUAUGACACCGUUACCUCAGCCACCUUCCACAAGGAGCCGUUCAUGCUGCAGUGUAAGGUGUUCAUAGAGGAGGUGGCCCAGCAGAUCCUAAUACCAACCAUCCGGAGUUACCUGAAGCUCUACACCACUCUACCCAUCCAGAAGCUUGCCAUCUUCAUGGACAUGUCUGAGGAUGAGCUGAAGACCAACUUGAUGUGUUUCAAGCACAAGAUGAAGAACGUAGUGUGGACGAAGGGAACCAGUGGGCUAGAGGGAGAGUUCCAGUCUGCAUCAGAGGUCGACUUCUACAUUGACAGGGAUAUGGUGCACAUUGCGGACACAAAGGUGGCCCGACGUUAUGGAGAUUUCUUCAUUAGGCAGAUUCAUAAAUUUGAGGAGAUAACAAGAACUUUGAAGAACAUACAGCAGUGAUGGGGAACAGUGCAUUUCAGUGAAAACUGAUCAGAAAUGACAUUUUAGUGAAUAUUUAAUAUAAUGGGUUGAAGAUAAAAUUGCUGUAUUGUAUUGUCUGAAUAAAUAUCAAACUGGAAAAA